AUCUAAGAAGAAGCACUCAUAUCAUCAUCAUGUCGAAGGGAGAGGAAGCAGUGAAGCUUCUGGGUGCAUGGCCGAGUCCCUUUGUGAUGAGGCCUCGCAUAGCUCUGAAUAUUAAGUCUGUGAGUUAUGAGUUUCUUGAAGAGACUUUGGGAUCCAAGAGCCAGCUUCUGCUUCAGUCCAAUCCUGUUCAUAAGAAAAUCCCAGUUCUGAUUCAUGGAGAUAAGCCUGUGUGCGAGUCUCUCAUUAUUGUUGAGUACGUCGACCAAGUCUUCUCUUCUGGUCCUUCUAUUCUUCCUUCUGAUCCCUACGAUCGUUCCGUUGCUCGUUUCUGGGCUGCCUAUCUUGACGACAAGUGGUUCCCUGCGAUGAAAGCUAUUGCUGGUGCAAGAGGAGACGAAGAGGGGAAGGCUCUGAUACAGCAAUUAGAGGAAGGAUUAGCGUUAAUGGAGAGUGCCUAUCACAACAUCAGCAAAGGCAAGCCCUUCUUUGGUGGUGACCGGGUCGGGUAUCUGGAUAUUGCAUUGGGGUGCUUCCUUGGGUGGCUGAGGGUAACCGAGUCGCAUAUUGGGCUCAAGUUGUUGGACCAUACCAAGACACCGGGCCUCGCCCAAUGGGCCGAAACAUUCUGUGCGGAUGAUGCCGUUAAGCCCGUCAUGCCUGAAACGGACAAGCUUCGCGAGUUCGCCAAGUUACUUAUGGCUAAAACGGCAUCAAACUAGUUGCGCUGCAGAUCCAUGCAAUGGCUUGUGUCUCAUUGUGUCUGUCGUUUUGCCUCGUCACUGAGGCUUUGGCUUUGUCUGCGUCUUGCCUCUCUUAAUAAAAUUUCCAUUUAUAAUAUUUCUUUCAAUUCUAAACAUAAAAUAUACUCCUCCGUCUUAAAUAUAAGACUCUUAUAUAUUUAGCACCCGAGGAGUAGUUUGUAAUGCAAAUUAGAGUUGAUAUUUAAAACUAUAUUGGUAGUAUUUUAUCAUA